CUUCAUUCUUGCUGAAACCUUUGCAGAUAUCUUGUGGAUUUGAAGGGAGGAGAGGGAGGAGGAAGGAGUGAAGUAAGGGAUGAGGAGGAUUGUGAUUGCUCGGCUGUUGAGAGAAGUAUGAAAAGAAAGAAUGGAGAAUGAGAUAAACAGUUUCAAUUAAAAAGUAGCUAUGUUAUGUGAAAUGACCCUUUAUUAAUGGCCAGCCAGUGCAUUCCAAUUUCCAAAGGUUUAGGAAUGUCUACUUGCACAGCAUACUUUGUAAAUUUAUUAUCCGUGACAACCUUUCCUCGGACAUCCACUUGCACCCCUCAUCUACUUUCUACUACCCCCAGAUGUGGGCUGUUACUUGCUGCGGAAUUGGAUAAACAAGAAGUUGAGGUAGAACACCAUUACAGCAGAAACGCCAUUCAUUACUGGGACAAAUUCUACCAUCGCCACAAGAACAAGUUUUUUAAGGAUAGGCACUACUUGCAGAAGGAUUGGGGACAAUAUUUCUGUGAUAAUGAUAUCAAUGAUACAAAUUCACCAAAGAGAAAGGUUGUUUUGGAGGUGGGUUGUGGAGCGGGGAAUACCAUCUUCCCACUUAUUGCUGCAUACCCUAAUAUAUUUGUUCAUGCCUGUGAUUUCUCUCCUCAGGCUGUCAGUCUUGUUAAGUCACAUGCAAGUUUCAACAAUGGUUGUGUAAAUGCUUUUGUCUGUGAUGUUGCAAAAGAUGACCUUUGCAUUAACAUAAAACCUUCUUCUGUUGACAUUGUUACCUUGAUUUUUGUGUUGUCUGCAGUUGCACCAAGUAAAAUGACUUUGGUGUUGCAGAACCUUAAGAGAGUAUUAAAGCCAGAUGGUCACAUUCUUUUACGAGAUUAUGCUCUAGGAGAUUCUGCCCAGGUGAAAUUGCAGAAUAGAAACCAGAUAAUUGACGAUAACUAUUGCUUCCGUGGAGAUGGUACUUGUGCAUUUUAUUUCUCAGAGGAUUUCUUGUCAUCCUUGUUUGAGAGAGCUGGCUUCAGCAUUGUGGAUAUCAGUACAUAUUGCAGAAAAAUUGAGAAUCGUUCCAAGAAUAUCGAAAUUUCGAGGCGUUGGAUACGUGCCAUUUUCAGCCAGCUUUCAGUGCACCCUGCAAUGAAGUGAUAUUAGUCAGUUCAGUAGCGGUUGUUUGAGCACUUGAUCUCUUCAUAGAAUGUAUAUUGCCAACAGUGAGUGAGCCGUUGCCUUUGGCCCCGAUAGUUAUGUUUAUUGAUGGAAUUUCAUAUUGCUAAUAGCCAACCUGUAAUUUGUAAAUUGGCAGAAAAAUAUAAUGCCGGAAGCUGCAUAAGAGUACCUUUGACUGUCAGCUCUAAGUAGCUUUGUGUGCAUACUUGAAGUCCUUCAUCACAUUUCAUGAAAGAAUCUAUUGUCUCAUUGACGUGGAAACUUUCAUCUUAUGUUGUUUUUAUUGUGCACUGAAGCUCAUAGAAGGGCAAGUGCUCAAAAUAUCACUCUUAUUCUAAGUAUUCGAAUGUAAUUGAUGCUGACAAUUUAUGGUAUGCAAGAUUCUAAGGAAA